AUGCGGCACGACGACAACGAAACCCCCCAACUCUGCCAAUUCAUUGGAGGUGAGGGAGGCACCGGCAAGUCUCGCGUCAUUGCUGCCAUCGCGGAAUUGUUCGUUCGCACGGGACAAUCCCAUCGCCUGCUAUUGACGGCGACGUCCGGCACAGCGGCCGCGAACAUCAAUGGAAUCACUAUCCAUUCCGCUUGCAGAUUCUCUAAAGACACAGUCGCGAGAGUAGGCCGCGCCGGUGACCCAGACGGCUUCGCAUCGUCUGGCUCGGCAGCUCUCCGCAUCGACGGGCAGACCAAGAUGGACUGGCAGGAGAAACAGGUCUUGAUCAUAGACGAAGUCAGCAUGCUGGGCGCUCGGACGCUGCACGCCGUCAACGAACAGCUCUGCAGAUUGAGAGAGUCUGCUCGAGACUUCGGUGGGAUUCCGAUAGUCAUCUUUUGCGGCGACUUCCAUCAGUUCCGUCCCGUGCAGGAGCGAUCGAUCCUCCUCCCCAGCGCCUCUACUACCUGGGAAGGAGAUAAUGGCUUCGGCAUAGAACAGAGGCGGCAACAUGACACGGCUCUCACGCCCUGUGGAGGAAGUUCACCGCAGUGGUGCUGCUAG